CAAAAAUAAAACUGGACUACAAUGACACGAUUCCAGAAUUGUGAGCAGGAAUUGCAACGGCUUGAGGCAGAAGUGCGUACAGUCCGCAUUUUAAUACUGGGUGACCCAGGAGUUGGAAAGUCAUGUUUGACCAACUUACUGGCUAGCAGCGCGAUCACGCCAACACGCUCCUCCAGAACCGUUGCCAACAGAGAAUGGACCGUCCAAGCGCGUCUGCACGAGUACCCCAUCAUGGGACAUCUGCCACUCACUCCAGAGUGGACGUCGCCCUCCUCUUCGGAGCGCUCAAACCAAUGGAUGUUCCCCAGAGAACCGCCACCAGCUUCUAGUGUGAUAUAUUUCGUAGAGUUCUACGAUAAGAACAGCUCAGUCAGCAAGAGUCGAGUGGACAGACAUCCCUUGUACAAGAAUAUGGACGGAAUCGUCUUGGUUUAUAAUAUGAAGGACAUGGAAUCCCAGGAUCAUUUGCACGACUGGAUAUACGGCCCACUAAUCGAGAUAAGCCAGCACCGGCACAAAAAACGCAAACGUAUAUUAGACCGUCAUCAUGUGCCCAUCCUAGUCGUGGGCACCAUGUUGGAUACGCUGCGCACGCGCCCACUACGACGCUUUGGAACCAUUGCUCAUCAAUUGGGGGCUGAGGAGAUAUUCCUUAAUUGCCUGAAUCCAGACUUAAUGGCUGAAAAAACCCGCAACUACGGAAAAGUGUGCCAAUUCUUGAACAGAGCCGUCGACUUUAAGAUGUGUAACUCCAAAUGAAUACUUUACGUCAAAUAUGUAU